AUUGACGUUUGUUUCUGGUCAGGUUGCUGUCGGACGGGCUCUGGAUUUACAAAAUUUAUUUAAUAAUAAAAAACAGCAACUGAUAAUAAUUAAGUCAUCUUUCUACGGAGCCGAAGAUGACUUCAGAAACUGAGGACAAUGCCCUGAGAUAUAGGAGAGCACAAAGUGUAACAAGAGCUGAGGAAAUUACUGAAAAAGAAAAGAAGGCAAGGAAACAACAAUUUGAUAAACCAUGCCAUUCGCCCAGAGACUCGCUUUUCUCUUGGAGUUCAGAGUUCACAGACUUCACGGGGCUGGUGAACUGGGGGUUCCUCAUGUUAACUAUUGGAGGACUUCGACUGUGCCUGGAAAAUUUCCUCAAGUAUGGAUUCCGUGUAAAUCCUAUUGAAUGGAUUAUUGUACUAACAGGCUACAGUGAGGGGAAUACACAUCAAUAUCCAUCUGUUAUACUGGUUAUAUUUUGUGUAGUGCCUAUAGUGACUAGUCUCCUUAUUGAAAAAGGGAUUGCUGUUGUAAUGAUAUCCGAAAAAGUUGGGGUAUUUUUACAAGUAGUCAAUAUACUAUUUGUGGUCACCCUCCCAGUUGCUGUUAUACACUUUAGAGGCCAAGAUUUCAGUUUUGUGGGCAGCACGACGGUGUGCAUGAUCUACCUGGUGGUGUUCCUGAAGUUGUGGAGCUACGCGCAGACCAACCACUGGUGCCGGCGCGGCCUGCGCGACAAGUUCACGCGGUCCACGCUGCGGAGGCAGAGCCUGUCCGCGCCUAGCUGGAAUGAGCUAAUGAACGCUGAAAACGAGCAGAGUAUACAGGAGGAGAAAAACGGCGCGGCGGCGGCGGGCGGCGUGCGGCUCACCAAGUACCCCGAGAACCUGACUCUGAAGGACCUGUUCUACUUCCUGUUUGCGCCCACCCUGUGCUAUGAGCUCAACUUUCCGCGCACCACACGUAUCCGCAAGCGGUUCCUGAUGAAGCGUCUCCUCGAGGUGGUGUUCGGGGUGAACCUGGUGCUGUGCCUGUUCCAGCAGUGGAUGAUCCCCUCCGUCACCAACUCCGUCACGCCCUUCUCCGACAUGGACUAUAUCAGGAUCACGGAGCGGCUGCUUAAGUUGGCGGUACCAAACCACCUAAUCUGGCUCUGCUUCUUCUAUCUCUCCUUCCAUUCGUUCCUGAACCUCAUGGGCGAGCUGCUCCACUUCGCGGACCGCAACUUCUACUGCGACUGGUGGAACUCCAACAACAUCGCCGUGUUCUGGCGCACGUGGAACAUGCCCGUGCACCUGUGGGCCGUCAGACACGUGUACAUACCGAUCACAGAGAGAGGGUAUAGCAAGGGAGUGGCGGGACUGUGCGUGUUUAUCAUCUCGGCGCUGUUCCAUGAGUAUUUGGUGAGCGUCCCACUCCAAAUGUUCCGCAUCUGGGCGUUCCUCGGCAUGAUGGGCCAGCUCCCGCUCUCGGUGCUGUCUCAGACGGCGGAGGCCAAGCUCGGCCCGCGCUGGGGCAACCUCAUGGUGUGGAGUUCAUUGAUCCUCGGCCAGCCACUGGCCAUCAUGAUGUACUACCACGACUACGCGCUCAGCCACUUGCAGACUAUGCAGUAGAAGGGUUAAAGGUUUUUUGUUGCAUGGUUUGUUGUCUAGUUGUUAUGCUUUUAGUCACUUUCUUGCUCAAUGGGGCUGAUUCUGAAGAAUUUAUUAUACUUUUGUCUUAGUUAAAUUGGUACUAUAGACAAUCGUAGUCAACUGAUAAUGAUUUACUUUUUGGUUCUGUUAUCAUAGCAGUCUAUAAUUUUUUGUUGUUAAUGAGUCAGUCCCUAUGUUAUUCUUUCUAAUUAGAUCAGAUAGUCUCGAGUAGUCUCGACAUGCUUCAUUUAAGUCUAGUCUAGAUUUUAGAUUACAAUGAAAAAGGCGUGAAUCAUUAUAUCACAAAGUGUCAUAAAAUUGUUUGCCAAAAAGCUAGCAACCCUACCAAAUUGUUUUAUAUUUACUUACUCUAGCUUCUCUAUUUAAUGUUUAAGUGAAAAUGUUUUCAUGUUUUUUGGAACGUUUAUAGUUUUAGGGGAUAUUAGCAUACAAACGAUAAGUAAAGAUAGAAACCACUGUUUUUUAGAUCAAUGAUCGUAAUAAGACUGCAUUUUGUUAAAUUACAUAUACCAUGCUUGUGAUUUUAAUUCAGAGCAAUCCUAAAUAUUUUUUUAGUACAAACGGAAUAUUUAUUUUUUAUCCAUAACAUUUAAUUGCAUUUUGUUUUUUGGAUGCGACAUUCCAGCGCCGAUAGUGUGCCAAUCAUGAUAGUGAUAGAUAACUGGUUAUAUCAGAUGGUGAUGGAAUAAAUAUAUUUUACUAUACAAUUUACAUAAAAUAAUUAUAUCAGUGAAAUUUAUACUUAUACUAUAAUUCAUUCAAAAAAUCAAUCACAAAUAUAUUAGCGGUAGUUAUAGAUUAAAGAUAGUCUUAAUCGUGUGCUACUAUUAUUUUUAUAUGUGCCUAUACCAUUUAUUGAAUUGUUAUUGUUAUUAAUGAAUUUUAUAAAUGUAUUUGAAUUUUAUACGAUUUUAUAGCCUUUGUAUUUUUGUCUAAAUAUAAAGUGUAUUUUAUAAUAAGUUUUAUAUGAAUAAAAUUGUUUAUUACUUUUGGAAA